AUGGACGGACCCGGUGCAGACGAGGAUUUGGACCUCUAUGCCCUCCUCGAAGUAGACAAGUCGGCUAGCCCCAACGAUAUCAAGAAGUCUUAUCGGAAGCUGGCACUGCAACACCAUCCCGACAAGGUCCCUGAAGAAAUCCGUGCCGAAUCUGAGGCCAAGUUCAAGGCGAUCACACAAGCAUACGAGAUCCUCCGCGAUGACGAAAAGCGCCACCUUUACGACACCCACGGCAUGGCCGCGUUUGACCCCUCACGAGGCGGGCCCGGCGGCGCCGAGGUCGACCUGAACGACAUCCUCUCCCAAAUGUUCGGCAUGGGCAUGGGCGGUAUGCCCGGUGGCAUGCCCGGUGGGGGGCCCCGGCGGCCGAGACGGAGCCCGGACGAGGAACAGCCCUACAAGGUAACGCUCGAAGAGUUGUACAAGGGCAAGACAGUCAAGUUCGCCGCCGAGAAACAGGUCAUCUGCGGCCAGUGCAAGGGUAGCGGUGCAAAAGACAAGGUCAAGCCCAAUAGCUGCGACCGCUGCCACGGGAUGGGCCGCCAGGAGGCCUUCCGCCAGGUUGGGCCUGGUCUCGUCCGCAAGGAGGUGAUCCCCUGCGACCAUUGCCAGGGCUCUGGUAUGUACUACAAGGAGAAGGACCGCUGCAAGAAGUGCAAGGGUAAGCGAACCGUCAAGGAGACCAAGGCGCUAGAGCUCUACAUCCCGCGCGGUUCUCUGCAGGGCGAGCGAAUCGUGCUGGAGGGCGAGGCCGACCAGAUGCCCGACAUGACACCCGGCGACUUGAUCUUCCAUCUUGUCGAGGAGCCGCACGAGGACUUCACCCGCAUCGGCCACGAUCUCUCAGCCGACCUGCACGUCACCCUUGCCGAGGCCUUGUCCGGCUUCUCCCGCGUCGUCAUCAAGCACCUUGACGGCAGAGGUAUUCACAUCGAACACCCUCGCGGCAAGAUUCUUCGGCCCGGCGAUGCACUUAAGGUUCCCAAUGAGGGUAUGCCCCAUAAGAGGGGAGAUUUGAAGGGAGAUUUGUACCUCCUUGUCAAGAUUGACUUCCCCGAGGAUGGCUGGCUGGCGAGCGACAGCGACCACGAUGCUCUCCAGAAACUCCUCCCGCCUCCCGCUGCGCCUAUUCAGGCCGACGAAGUCGACGAGGUGCAGUACGAGGAGGAUGCUGAUAUCGAGAAGAUGGGUGCUCACCAGGGUGACCCGCGAUACGGCGGCGAGUGGGAGGAUGAUGAGGAAGAGGAGGGCGGACCCCAGUGCGCCACACAAUAA